CAACACCAGAUGAGCUUCAAGCAGACCUGGUAUUCCUGGCCAUCAUGCAGAGAAUCAAUGCAGGAGUUGCUGUCAUGCUUGGAUUUCUAUUUGCUGACGUCUGCAGCCUUGCCAGCAGCGCACGCUCUGAUUGUGUGAUCCACAUGGACACGUGUGUUGCACAUGUGUGCAAAAACCAAGAGGCUCUCAUCGGCACCAUCUGCGAGAAUAAAGGAUGCCAAAUAACAGAUUCAGAGGUGUGUAACGUGACGGUCCAGGCUGUAUUUGACCAAUUUCCUCAGCUGAGAGGAUGUGUGUGCACUUUGGAGGAGGGACUUUGCGACGCCAUACGAGAGCUGGUGGCACAAUGCCAACCAAAGCCAGCAGCUCCACAGACGAGAAGCAAACUGACUGACUGGCAAUCAAGCACUUUAAUAGGCUUUGAUGACGAUGCUGUUGGAGACUGCACAGACCAAAUGAGGCUUUGUGUGAGCGAUGCUGUGUGCAACAAGUAUCUGGCACACAUGCUUCAGGCUUGCACGGUGGCCCAGUGUGAUCCUGACCGCUGCGGACGAGAAAUUCAAAUUUUCUACGCAAGCAUGCCGCAUAACAUCGCAGAGAUGUUGGUCAUGUGUGAAUGUGACCCUUCAGACCACAGCUGUCUGCAGAUGAGAGGAACAUUGCAUGGCGGCACAUGCGGUGCUGACUCUUGGAUCUGUCAGGAGUCAGUCAGACGCUGUGUUGAGGACCAACCCUGCAGAGAAUUGCUAAGAAGUUUCCAAGUGAAAUGCUGGAGCCCGGAGGAAGCAUCAUGCAGCGAUGAAGCUCUUCAAAGCGAAUGUUUCAGUCGCAUGAAUCCAUCGGUUAUUCUUGGAGGGGACUCACACUGCAGAAGGGCCUUUGUGGCCACCAUGGGCACGGCACUGCACCACCCGUGCACGUGUAAACAAAUGCACGGCCCCGAUCUCCUCACCUGUCGCAUGAUACAUGAUGUGCUUCACAACAGGUCGUACUUCAGGAGCCAUUGGAGGAGAAGUAAUGCCACUUCUAAUCAUCCUGCAAUCAGCCAAUCAGGGGAAGGUCAC